AUGCGACGUGACGAAACGUACCGGCGAAUCACGCGCGAGAAGAUGGUCGUGCGAAGGAACACUACCCUUCACACGGUAGAUUCAACAGUUUCCUUUCUGUCCAUCGUGGAAUCCUCGGCACCGUCCACGUCCGGCUUCCAGCACAUGGCCCGCAUGAUGGACACGCUGAUCCUGGAUAAUUUGGCACCGUUUGCGUUCACGAAAAUCACCACGACCACACACCGGCCGACGAGGAUCGGUGGUGGACCGAGCGGAUCGGGUGGCAGCGGAGGAGUCCCGGGCGGUGGAGGCAGCGGAGAUAGCGGUGGCGGUGGUGGUGGUAGCGGCAGCGGCGGCAGUGGACGAGGUGGCGGACUGAUCGAUGUGCGAGCGGGCCCACUGGGGCCCCUGGAUCGGGACGGAAUGAUGCGCGGGGGCCCGACGAUGGUCGGGCUCGGUGUGAAGAAGGCAACCAGCACCAGCAACGUCAGCAACCUGGUCGGCGCCGGAGCGGUCAGCUCGUCGACAAUCCGUGUCAACCUGCAGAAGAACAAAAUACCGACACAAGGUCAGUGCGGUCCACUACUUGGUGAGGUUCCAUUUGCUUGCGUAGAAGUCCACCCGAAUCCGCGGCAUGCAAACCUUGCCUCGAAUGCGUCGUCCCCUCCGACGGCCACAGACUCGCGCUGGAUCUCGUCGCUCCGUCGGCGCGAUCCGGAGCUACAGCCGACACUGCCCUCCAUCAAUAACUCCAACCACCACAGUACCUCAUCGCUGACGCACCAGCACAGCAUCGGCUACACCAGCUCCUCGAACACGCCCAACACGGACCGGCGCAGCAGCCGCACCAGUGGCCACCAGAAAUCUUCCCUUCGCAAGAGCCGCUCGGUGGAGCGCAUCCGGGCGCGCAAACUGGCCACCUCCAAGAUCAAGGAGCGCCCGAAAAAGUCGUCCUCCGAGGAGGGUGGUGGCUCCGACGACCAGGAGGUCACGUCCGUGGAGGAGAACUCCCCGCAGCAGCAAAACUCGCCCGUGAAGCGGCUCGAGAAGUCGAAGAUGUUCAACGCGAUCGGCUACGAGCCGCACCUGAUCGACACGCUCGAGAAGGACAUGCUGCAGAAGAACCCGAACGUCCAGUGGAACGAUGUGGCCGGACUGAACGAGGCGAAAGCGAUCCUACAGGAAGCGGUCGUGCUGCCGGUGAUACUGCCGGACUUUUUCCGCGGUAUCCGCCGGCCGUGGAAGGGCGUGCUGAUGGUGGGACCACCCGGGACCGGGAAGACCAUGCUGGCGAAGGCGGUGGCCACCGAGUGCGGCACCACGUUUUUCAACGUGUCCUCGAGCACCCUGACCUCCAAGUACCGGGGGGAGAGCGAGAAGCUGGUCCGGUUGCUGUUCGAGAUGGCCCGCUUCUACGCUCCGAGUACGAUCUUUAUCGACGAGAUCGAUUCACUGUGUGCCUGCCGUGGGAGUGACUCCGAGCACGAGGCCAGCCGACGCUUCAAGGCGGAACUGCUGAUCCAGAUGGACGGUCUGAAUGCCGCGAACGAUGAAAAGGUGAUCAUGGUGCUGGCCGCCACCAACCAUCCCUGGGACAUCGAUGAGGCGUUCCGGCGGCGAUUCGAGAAGCGCGUCUACAUUGGUCUUCCGAAUGACAACACUCGCAAGGCGCUGCUCGAGCUGUGUCUGAAAGGUGUUAGUAUAUCGCCGGACCUGAACACGGACACCGUCGCUGAUCAGCUGAACGGGUACACGGGGUCGGACAUCGCUAACGUCUGUCGCGAUGCCGCGAUGAUGGCAAUGAGACGUCAUAUCAACGGUCUCAGCCCGUCGGAAAUCAAGAUGAUUCGCCGGGAAGAGGUGGACCUGCCCGUGACCGGCCAGGACUUCCAGGAUGCGAUGCUCAAGACGCGCAAAUCCGUUUCGGCCAACGAUGUCACACGGUACGAAACUUGGAUGGAUGAGUACGGGUCGUGCUAG